AUGCUACCCAUCAUCCUCUACUCCCAUUCCGCCGGCCCCAACCCGAAGAAGGUCCGCAUGGUCCUCGAAGAGCUCUCGAUCCCCUAUCAUGUCAAGACCCUCGAAUUCCCCGAAAUGAAACAGCCUUCCUUUCUGAACGUCAACCCCAACGGCCGGGUGCCGGCCAUUAUUGAUCCCAACACUGAUAUCACCCUCUGGGAGUCCGGCGCCAUAAUCGAAUACCUCGUUCAAAGAUACGACCCGCAGCAGACGAUCAGUUUCCGCGUUGACUCACCCGAGUAUUACCAAGUGAAGCAGUGGCUGCAUUUCCAGAUGUCCGGGCAAGGCCCUUACUUUGGUCAGGCAGUGUGGUUCAAGGUACACCACCCGGAGUUCAUCCAGAGCUGCUACGACCGGUAUUUCAAUGAGAUUGCGAGGGUCGCGGGGGUGCUGAACGGGGCUUUGGAGAAGCAGGAGUAUCUUGUUGGGGAUCGGUGCAGCGUUGCGGAUAUCUCGUUUGUAAUUUGGUUUCAGUUUGUGCCUUGGAUUACCGAUGGCAAGCUGCAUUUCGGGCGCGAGUAUCCUUUCUUGAAUGCUUGGUUGAAUAGGCUGGAGAGUCGCCCUGCUAUUCAGAAGGUCCUGGCUGGUCAGACGUCGUUGCCUGAGCCUGCUAGACAGAAGUCGGAGUAG